GGUGGAAUAUAUUAGUUGUUAUGAAUAUAUAUUAGGUAGGCCUAAUAUGUAAAAAAAAAAAAAACAUCAAGGUUGAUAUAUUCCAGAAAGUCAACGUUAAACACUAGAAUUGUGCUUUGGCGAAACCCGGACGCCGUAAGUAAGACCCAGGAAAUAUCUGGGAAGUAAGUCGCGGAAAACCUGAAGAGAAUUAGAAUCGCGGUGCCCUUCUGCGCUUCGCUAUGAGCCGUAUAUAUGAAAAUAAAGCGCUGCAAAAUAAACCCGUGAUAAAUGAGAGACUAGAUUACCCGUGGCGACCCUCUGCACAUCAGAGUGGUCCAGGUGUUAUUUUGGAAGGAAAGCUGGUGGAUGUGUCCCGGCACGUUAUUACUGAUGUCAAUAAGCAGAAGGACCGCUACUACAUUCUGUACGUUACACCAAGUCGAGUCCAUCGGCGGAAGUUUGAUUCCAAAGGCAAUGAGAUUGAGCCGAACUUCAGUGAAACACGGAAGGUCAACACGGGCUUCCUUAUGUCCUCCUUCAAGGUGGAGGCUAAAGGGGAGAGUGACCGGCUCUCUGAGGACGAGCUGAAGGCGGUAGUCCGCAAGGCGGAGCUCUUGAAGGUGACAGAGACACACGCACCCCCUGGUACCGUGUCCUUCUGGUUGCCGGAGGGGGAAAUGGAAAAGACGGAAUUAGAACCCGGGCAGGACAUCAGACUCAAAACCAAGGGGGACGGACCGUUUAUCUUUUCCUUGGCCAAAUUAGACGGGGGCUCGGUAACAAAGUGUAACUUUGCUGGAGAUGAACAGACCGGAGCUUCCUGGACCGAUAAGAUCAUGGCGAACAAAGCUGGCAGCGACAGUGUGGCGAAAUGUGAAGGGGGGGCCGAGGGGGUGGACGAAAGUGAGUGGGUAAGGAUGGCUAACGCGGCCGAACCGGGCAGCGGCUGACUCGGACUGGGCACUGCUCAGUACGAGCUGGUAUCCACAUGUCGAAAGAACGUCAUGCCGAUCCGUCAGUUUAAAUGUACAACUGGAUACGUCCACUGGAGUAGUUCAGGCAAGCAGCCGUUAACAUUUACAUCUCAGAUCUUGUUGUAUAACGACAUGUCUUAUCGUAUGACUGUUGGCUGUAUGACAUUGCUUAUAUAGCAUAAAAAAAAUAAAAAUAAAUAAAUAAAAUCAUAACAAAAAAUAACAAAAACAAGAAACACAGUGUUUGUAAUCUGUAUGUUAUAUCACCGUACUACUUAUUCUGUUUAUGUAAAUAUGCACACAUAUACACACAAGGACAAAGAAACAACAUGACGUUUAAUUAUUAGUAGGACUUCUUUCACCAUUAAGAGAAGUUUAAUUCACACUGUAAUAGGUAAUAAAUUAUUUUGUUUGUUUUAUUAGUUACUUUAUUUUAAAUGUGCUAUAGAAAUAAACCUGAACUAAUCCUGAUGUUCAGAUGUCUGUCAGAAGAUUAGGUGACAGUUAAAGCCAUCAUACCUGCUAUCAUUUUCAGUGUAUACUGCAUUGACUUUUGUAUUGUGUUCUAGGAUGACUGAGGAGGUUUAUGAACCUGCUGGAAAUGGAUGGUCUAUGAAGCAGAAGGAAGUUAGCCUGCAUUCCUUACCACUCCUUACCGUCAAGAUUUACUGUAUUUAAAUUUACAUGUACUUACCACCUUUCUGAAUCUUUGGAAAACCUUUAUAAUAAAAAUGUUUCAGUAAAACCA